AUGGCCAAGAGGGGCUUUGAUGAAAUGCUUAUCGAUGAUAAUUCCAUGGAUGUUGAGUCUACGACGGACGAGGAUCGAGAAUCAGUUGAUGAUCAAAAUGACCAUAUUGAGACUUCUUGCGGAUUAUGCGGGGGGCCGAGAAGAAAGAAAUUCCGUCCUAAACUUAUGUCGUGGUCUAAUUUCUGUUUGAUAAAAUCCUGGAUCGUGGAGUCUAUGACGCGCAAUGCUACCGAAGUGAACACCUUCAGUUAUGGAAAGUUUUAG